AUUGUUGUUUAAGUAAUUGUUUGUUCUUAUUGUUAUUGAGUUGAAACUCCCUUUUUAACGGCUAUAAUGUAUACGACGAGGUCCGCGAACACUGUAUGUCCUCCCCGCUUUCCGUAGACGCGUCGUAAUGAUGUCAUUUGUAAACAACAGAACACAUUUUCUCGCCAUGGAAACUAUGGGCGCUUAAUAAUAACAUCAGUAUUCUUUUAUAUUCACUAAUGUUUUGAUCCAUUGUUUGGCUCCAUUUUUAUUUACGAUUUGCGUUCACAUCCCAUUUCACAUUGCCAACACUAAAAUGUUUUUUACUAUUUCACCGGAUGACUCGAGACCCCAGUAUUUCUUACUAGUAUUAGAGCCAAUAUUUGCUAAUAAGUAUGCUGAUGGAUAUAUGUACAUAGAGUGAUUUUGCUCGUUACAAUAAUGUGGAACCGUGACGGUCGAAAUUCAGCGUUGGUCCGAGCCCAGGCGCUGCUCUCUGCGAAGAGAAACGACCCAAACGCCGCCGAGCUAACGAAUCGGUCCCAACCCCAUGGACCUGAAGCUCAGGCAUAUGGACAUACAGGUCCUGGAGGAGGAUCAGUCCAAAAGAGCCGCUUUCCCUCGAAUACACACAUCUUAUCACUGGACCUGAGUGACCUGUCCUCUGUCAGCUCAGUCACAGAGCAUGGGGAGAAAACCAAUACAAAUAAGCAGGGCAGAGAAGUGCUUUCACCUCAGGAUUUCAGAGCUUCAACCUCACUGGGCGAAGGAGGGGGAGGGCAAAGGUUUCUGAAGAAAGCUAUACCAAAGGCCAUGGCUAGCACCCAGUCUCCUCAAUUUAGAAAAAAUCAAACACAGCAUCCCCCAGAAGGAAGGUUUGUGGCUUCUUCCCAGCAGGGCUCCCAGAGCGCCGCCCUGAGCAGGUUGGCCACCAUUGAGGAGCGCAUCCGGGCCCGCCAGCAAGCCCAGCAGAGCACAACCCAGGGGCGUGCCAUGGAGGGGAACCCCAAUCACACUGUACCUCCAACAGCCCCCAACCCAGGCCCCUCUCCCCCCCAUGGACACUCGCCGCCGGAGCUCCCCUCUGCCCCCCUGUCGCCCCAGUUGUCGAGCAACGACCCUGGAAGUCCCGGGAAGCGCUUCCUAAAAAAGACGUCAGUGCUUGCUACGGCCGGCACCAAUCUCAACUAUUCCCAAGGGGCUAAAGUCAAUGUUGAAAUCCCUGCUGCUGCUGACGCCGGCUUGUCGGUUGGCAAGUACAGAAGUGGCAGUGCUGUGAAGCCCAGCGUGGUGAAGGCUGAGCCGGCGGCAGGAGAUGGCCGCGGAGUUAGCCUGGACAGUGAUGAGGAGAGUAUGAGGAAACUGUUGGGGGACUCGCUAGACUCGAUGGAGGACAGACAUAGGGGAUUACCAAUGAAGACGGUGGCAAAGGAUUCUAGGGAGAAGCCUGGCCCCGCUCCCCUUUCUGCCCUGGGGGGGGCCUCCUUGUCUUCUGCACAUAGCCCCCUGCAGCGCUCCCUGUCCACCCCGUCAUCGUGGGGGCGUGGGGAGGUGCACUCCCUGGAGGAGCUCUUCCCCCCGGGGCCCGGGGGUUCGACUGAAGAGGAGGGGCCACGCAGUGGCAGGAGCAGCAGCAUCUCCUCAGAGGGAGAACCAGUAGAUUUCAAGUUCAACAUCAUGUCUUUGGAUGACUUUGUACCUGAUUUUACUGUGGAAACGAAGCAGAAAGACCAUCGACCAUCCAAGCAGCACAAAGCAGAGGACCGUACGUGGACAACACAACCACCGGAGGGUAAAGAAGAGCAGCCGGGAGAGGAAGAGGUAACCGGGGCAGACUACCACAGUGACUUCGAGAGCCUAAGCAUUAGGACGGAGCACGACCGAAGCCCCAGCGAGAUCUCAGAGCACCUUGGGGCAAGUCCCGAAGACGAGGCGAAGAGGAAGAAAAAGACGCAGAAAGGAGAUGACCUCUCUGAGAUCUCGGGUGACGGAGACGGCUCGCGUCGGGAGGGAGGCGACGACCCCUACGACGACCCCUACGCCAGUAGUUUCUCCGACCGCAGUCCGAGUGCGGCGAGCAGCUACACCUCUGGCUGCUCCGCGCAGUCCUCGUCUCGCACCUUGACGCCCAGCUCCAGACGCUCCACCGUCCAGGGGCGGCCUGGGAGAGAAGCAGCCACGCAAACACGACCCGACCCGCUGUCCUACAACUGGUCCGCAGGUAUGGCUGUUCUGGGCCCUGCGGUAGGCAUGGGUUCCGUGGACCCAACCCCCGUGGCCAGUCAUACAGUCGGUGCAGAGGCCCUUGAGGCUUUAACCUCCUACAGCCCGGCAGUGUUUGCCCUCAACAACAUGCUAAGGCAGCAGCUAGCCAUGACCCGACAGUUUGCCCAAGCCAGCAGACAUCUCCACAACAGUGUGGUGCAGGGCCUGGGUCCGGCAGAUUACACCUACACAACUCUGGAAGACACCAAACAAUUCAUCCGCAAGCACAGGCCACCCAAAUUGACUGUGGAGCAAGCAUUGGAGGAGGUACUGCAGGAGAUGAGAGACUAUCACUAUAUCUGACCAAAAUCACCCCAACACAUCAUCAAUAGAAAACGUUUACUGCUAGCUGAUGUCCGAUAGGGGAUGGCGAGAACAUCCUUAAAAGAAUAAUAAUGUAUUAAAAUCUUAAGCCAUAUCAAAAGAUUAUUUUUACCAAAUGUCAUGCGUCACACGGCGUUCAUUAUCAUUAUUGAUACUAUCUCAGUAUCUCACCAACAUUUCACCCACGCUCCAUCAAUGAAAAAGUUUGCUGCUACCACUGACGUCUACUAGGGGGCGAUGUGAGACUUUAAAAAAUAAAUAAUUUAUUAAAAUCUUCAGCCAUAUUAUAAAUUAUUUUUCAUGAUCAUUAAACCCAAUGUCCUGUCUCACACGGUGCUCAUUAUCAUUUUUAUCUAUAUUGAAUUAAUUGCGUAAUUAAACUUCCACAUUCAAUGUGAUUAUGCCAUGUACUGCUCCUGUUUUGACAUACCCACACAAAACGAGAAUGAAAGUAUGAUACAAUUCUAUCAAAUCAUGUGAUGGUUAUUAGUUGGGUGAUAUAAAGCCUUUUUUCUAGAGUUUUAAGUAUUCUAAUGAGACUGGACAUUUUUAGGUCUGAUUAUCAAGUUAUUUAUAUAAUGUAGCACCUGGGAUGCAUUGCAUAUCACCAGGAGAUUUUUUUACAUCAAGCGCUAAAAUUAACGUGACAUAAAGUGUAUAUAAAUCAAAUUACAUUGUUUGAGAGUGAUUAUUGAAAUCAUGUAACUUAUAAUGUUGAAAUGGAUGUACAAUGUUUUUCACCAGGAAUGCUGCUAUUAAAAUAAAAUUCUGAUAUUGUGCCAUCUAAUGUUUACAAUAUA